AUGGAGUUGAAAACUUACAAUAAGAACUUAAUUUUAGGUGUUGUGGCCUUAUCGGGAAUAAUGAUAGGACUGGAAAUUAGUUCCAUGAGCGCAUUCAUUGACACAGAAAAUUUCAAUGAUUUUUUUGGGGUCUUGCUGAAAAGGGAACAGACCUUAUUGGCUGCAAGUAUUCCUAUUGGAGCUGUUUUGGGGUCAGUGGUUUGUGGAACUUUCUGUGAUGUAUUCGGUUGUGUGGUUAAUUUCCAAAUAUCAAAUAUAUUUUGGGUUGUUGGUUGUGGUAUAGUGAUAAUGCUGGAAUUCAUCUACGUACUUAUAUUGGGCAGGGUUUUCAAAGGAAUUUCAAUUGGUUUUAUAAGCUGUUUGGUUCCUGUUUAUAUUUCAGAAGUAUUUCCCAUGAAUCAAGUUGGCACUUCAAUUUCUUUGUUCCACCUUUUCUCCGUAUUGGGAACCAUUAUGAUGUAUUUCAUAGGAUUUGUCAUUGAGAAACAAAUAAACAGUUUCAUGGCUUUUAGGAUAACGUGGUGCACUGAAGUAGUUCCUUCGCUAUUACUGAUAAUCUUAACUUUGGUCAUACCAGAGUCUCCAAAAUGGUUGGCUUCCAAGUCCAGAUGGAUGGAAGCAGCAAAAACGUUGAGCAGGAUUAGAACUGUAAAAAGUAAAACACACAAAAAUGAUAAAUCCUAUGUGACCAGAGCUUAUACGAACGGUAAGAAGAUAAGAUUUUGUGGAUAUCAUGAUCUUUUCACAAGGAAGUAUUGGAGAGCUACGAUUUCUGGUAUUGUGUUACACCUAGUUAUUCAACUAACUAGUACCACCACUUUGAUGUACUACUUCAGUUAUAUUUGUGAUAUGUGUGGAGUGGACCAAGAAAGAAAAUACUUAUUCAUUUCUAGCCAGUAUAUAAUUUUGGGGAUUCUGACCAUCGUACCUGUCAUAUUGUUGGAUAAUGCCAGGAGGAUCGAUUUCAUGUCCUAUGGACUACUAGUGAUUUCAUUCACGUUCAUAGCCAAAUUUGUAAUUCUAGAGAUUUUUGCAGUACCUGUUGAGGAAAGUGAUUCUCCUUUCAAUUGGGUCAUCAACAGAGAACCAGCUUCAGCUAUCAUUGCCCUUUUCCUUUUCUUGGUGUCAGUUUAUUCCAGUUCCAUCACAUCGGUCAGUUGGGUAUUCACUGGAGAAAUAUUUCCUGAUGAAGCGAGAGCCAAGGGUACAGCAACAUGUAUGUGUGUCUCGUGGAUGAUCAAUGGAUUGACUACUUUGAUUCUUCCCUUGAGCUUUAAAUUGGCUGAAUAUUAUGUCUUUUUGAUUCUAGGGUGUUUAUGUUUCAUUGGAACCAUAUGUGUACUGCAAUUACCAGAAACAAAGGUCAAAACUACCCAAUUGAGUGGAUUAACUAUAUCAAGUGAAGUUGAGAGUGACUUUAAUGAAGAUGAACCUUUGGCUAGUGAGUCCAUAUCUGAAGAGAAACAAGCUCUUGAAAUUUUGAAUGAUUUAUCGACGACUUUGAUCAAAAGUGGUGGAACAUCUGACCAAAAGGCUGUUUUAAGUCCUUUUAUAGACAGUCCUUUGUUCAAAUUGACAAACAAAUCAAAUGACAUUAUUGUGGAAAGUGAAGAAGAAGAUUUCACUAAAUCGUUGUAUGAGAAUAUGAAGAGUAACUAUGAAUCACCCACCAAAACAGUAAGUGACGGAGAUGAUACCAUUGGCAACGUGAUUCAGAGCUACAGUGCCGAUUUCAAAUCACCCACAAAAAUCGAAUCUUCAAGAAACACACCCCAAAGUAACAUUUCAUUAACAACAUCUUCCCUUUCAGAUUGGAACGUUAAGAUUAGUAACUAUAAGAAAGAUAAACCCAGAUCCAAAACCACGAACAAAUAUCAUUCAACUCCUAACCCAUCCAGUGAAGAUGUCGAUAAUAGUGACUUACCGGACGAGCCCGAAUGGUAUAGAUUUGACAAUCUUAGAAAGGGCCCAAAGAAUAAUCUACAAAAUCAAAGCACUGUGAGAAGGUCUCAAAAUUUAUUUAGAAGUUGA